AUGACCGAUCCGGACCUCGCAGCGUCGCCACAACCGGCCUUCGCGGACCCCGCAGAGGUGCCCUCCAUCCUCGCACAGCGCAAGCUCACAAACACGCGCAAAAAGCAGCUCAUAAAGGCCGCCUCGAGACCGCACAACGACCCACCCCCGCCGCCCGCGCCCUCCGACUGCUGCGGAAGCAGCUGCGAUCCGUGCGUAAAGACGCUCUGGAAGGAAGAGAAGCUCGCCUGGUCGCAGAGAUGGGGUCCGCACGCCAUCGAUCCCGCGCACAAGCAGAGCGAAAAGGCAAACUCUAAAGUCGAAGAGGCAAAGUCGAUGCCGGGCGCCUUUGAUUGGUAG